AUGCCUUUAGGUAAAACAAGGAUCGAGAGAAUACCCGACGAUCGAACCCGACAGAACACCUUUCACAAGCGCAAGAUGGGGCUCAUGAAGAAAGCGAUAGAGCUCUCCAUCCUGUGUGACUGUGACAUCGCAAUGGUCAUUAAGAGCAAACCCACAGCCAACUGCAAGGAGGGGCGCUUGUUAGCGUACUGCAAUUCGGAUUUGAAGGUACUCGGAGUUGUUGGUCACCUUCCACUCAUGCAACAUUCAGGCUUUGUUAGAACAAUGCCUGGAUAA